UCACUUGCGUAAACAUUGUUGUAAGUUCACAUUUAAGAUGUCUACAGUCGCAAGUGUUUUAGUGGUUGGCCUUGCUGUCUUAGUCUGGAAUAUUUUUUAUAGAGCUCGCGAUCUGCCAGUCGAAUAUGGCUUAGUGACAAAGUUUAAUGCUACAUACGACUACAUUGUUGUAGGAGCCGGGUCUGCAGGAUGUGUUGUGGCCAGUCGCCUGUCUGAAGACCCGGAUGUGACGGUGCUGCUGUUGGAGGCAGGUGAAAACGACUGGGAGGACAGCAACAUCUACACACCUGGUCUGGUGCCAGCUAACUUCAGGACAGAUACGGACUGGGAGUACUACACGGAACCUCAGGCUGGCUUGUUCAGUGGACUGGUAGAUGGGAGAUCCUACUGGCCCCGGGGUAGGGCACUGGGAGGCUCCAGCAGCAUCAACGCCAUGCAGUAUGUCAGAGCUUCCAGACACGACUACGACAGGUGGGCGGAGUACACGGGGGUCAAAGAGUGGAGCUACCAAUACGUGCUGCCGUAUUUCAAGAAGACAGAGAGGAUUCAGAUCCCAGAGCUGCAGGACUCAGAGUACCACGGUAAGGGAGGACCACUGACCAUCAGCAGGGUGACCGGCCAUCCCAUAGCGGCUAAAAUCAUAGAGGCUUCACAAAGUCUUGGCGUCAGCUACAAUGUGGAUUUUAAUGGGAAAACAGUUGAAGGUAUUUCCUAUUCUCAAGUCACCUCGAACAACGGAGAAAGGUUUAGUACAAGUCGUGCCUUUAUCCACCCCAACCUUCACAGACCAAAUCUUCAUGUAGCUGUACACGCACAUGUACAAAAGGUGAUCAUCACCAAUAAAAGAGCUGAAGGUGUGGAGGUCAUCAAAGACGGGAGGAAGUUUGUGGUCAAGUCUAGACGUGAGGUCAUCUUGUCCUCUGGUGCUAUAGGCUCGCCACAGAUUCUCAUGUUGUCGGGUGUUGGGCCCAGGAAACAUCUGGAAAGUCUGAACAUUUCAGUUGAGGCUGACCUACCCGUGGGGGAGAACCUACAGGACCACGUGAUGUUUGAUGUCGGGGUCAAGGUCAGGGAGCCACUGACUGCUGUAGUGGAUGACUUCAACAGCCUUACAUCUUAUCUGAAGUAUAAGCUGUUCGGCACAGGUAUUUUUAGCAUAGCUUUGAGUAUCGAAGUCAUGUCCUUUAGAAGUACGAGGCAGGAAACACGAGAAUGGCCAGACCUGCAACUUAUCUUUACCAGCAUCCUGGCACCAGCAAGCGAAGUCUUUGGGUAUGGGGAGCAGGUGCAGUCUGAGAUGUCCCGAAGACGAAAUGACCAGUACGGUUUCACGUGUUACCCAGCACUGUUACGCCCAGAGAGUAGAGGCAACAUAAGGCUCAGGUCCAGAGACCCGUUUGAUCAUCCGGUCAUCUGGGCCAACUACCUGGACAAACAGGGGGACGUAGAGGUUCUUAUUGCAGGUAUAAAAGAAUGCAGAAAGCUGGCGAACACGAAGGUGAUGAAAGAUAUCGGUGCUGAACUCACAGAGACGGCAGCGCCACCUUCGUGUAAACAACACAAAUACGACUCACAUGAAUACUGGACGUGCAUGCUCACGUUUAGACCACUCACACUCUACCACCCUGUGGGCACGUGUAAGAUGGGGCCGGCUAAUGACCCAACAGCGGUCGUUGACCCUGAACUCAGGGUCCGUGGCAUCCAAGGUCUCCGUGUUGUUGACGCCUCAAUCAUGCCCUGGCUUGUGUCUGCCAACACCAACGCCCCCACAAUCAUGAUUGGUGAGAGGGCAGCAGACAUGAUCAGGGGCAGACCACCACCACAACCUCUCCCACAUUUAUAGCAGACAACACCUCAACCUCUCCCACAUUUAUAGCAGCAGACAUGAUCAGGGGCAGACCACCACCUCAACCUCUCCCACAUUUAUAGCAGCAGACAUGAUCAGGGGCAGACCACCACCUCAACCUCUCCCACAUUUAUAGCAGCAGACAUGAUCAGGGGCAGACCACCACCUCAACCUCUCCCACAUUUAUAGCAGCAGACAUGAUCAGGGGCAGACCACCACUUCAACCUCUCCCACAUUUAUAGCAGACCACCACUACAACCAGUUGAACAUUUAUAGCAGCAGACAUGAUAAAGGCAGACCACCAGCAACCUAUAUCUCCAUGUAUACCCCUUUAUAUGAUCUUGGUGGGGGAGAUCUGCAUUAAAAUUAAUGAAAAAAGCAUAAAUACAACCUGCUACGUUACGUGAUCAUGUUUAAUCAGCAGGAAAAAAAACAAAUGUUGGGCA